GGACUUCCCGUGCAGACCCACCGUUGUGCGCACACUUGGAGCACCUCGGAGCAUUGUGCAGAGAUCAAAGACACAUUCUGGGGAGUCACGCUGGGAAUAGACAGGGGAAAAUGAAGGAAAUCUGUGUUUGCUCGCACACCUCAGCGUGGUACGAGGGAAUGGAGAGAGACAGGCGUAGACAGUGAAAAGGAAAGAGGAAAACACUUGGAGUUCAAGUCAGUGGUAAUGUGUUGUCUGAGAAAGCCCAGUCUCUCUCCUGUCCUCCCUCUGUGGAUUUCUCCACAUCCUGCUGUGCGCCUGACUGUGGGCUCCUCUGUGUGAUAUUUACCAUUUACCACAGUGCCGCCUCGCCACGCACAGAGCCGGAUGGAUACGUCGUAGUUCAGAGCAAAAAGCAAGGGCAAAAACAGAAAUGGUAAGAGAAAGAGCGCAGUAUGUUUGUGUGCUUGUUCUGUGAGGAGUAAGUUCACACACGCAAGGAUUCGAUGCGAUGCAAAGGGUUUGACCAUUUGAAAAGGAGGAUCCUACAUGUUUGCAAUGUCGUGGGCGCAUGCAGACGGAUGGGAAUUAGAGAUGCCACGAAGGAUGAUGACAGGAACACUUGAAGAAGACGAAGACAUAAAAUAUAAAUGUUUUAGUCCUUCUGUUAUUGAAUAAUGAUCCAAGUGGUGUAAAGACAAUUCACAGAUUACGCAGAUUAUAUUCCAGAUUGAUGUUGUGCCACCGUGUGUCCGAGCGUUACGUGGCACAUGGAUGGACGACUUUUACGUGAAGACAAAGAAAGCCAAGAGUCUGUGCAACUUUAUAUAUAUAUAUAUAGGUCACACGUGAUCACCGCUUAAUAUCAAGUAACUCACGUCGCCUGGUUAAAGACGCAGACUUGACGUGCGCUCUUAAGGAACUCGGAGAGAAACUCAGGUGCGCUCCAUGGGUCAUCCAGGACAGACCGGUACCGGUGGUACCUGCGGGACAUAAGACAACAGUUCUAGACCUCAAAGCGGUUUUUAGGGCUGUGGGCCAGUGAUGCCGGACACAUUCACGCUCAUAAAGAACCGGACAGAGCCACGGCUGGGGCAGCUAGAGCGCACACUGGCCACGGAGGGGAGCGCACGCCCUGCCUGGGUCAUAGCCAUCCUGGCCAGCGUGUUGAUCUUCACCACGGUGGUGGACGUGCUGGGGAAUCUGCUGGUGAUCAUCUCUGUGUUCAGGAACAGGAAGCUUAGGAAUUCGGGUAAUGUGUUUGUGGUGAGUUUGGCCUUUGCUGACCUUGUGGUAGCCUUCUACCCCUAUCCCCUUGUGCUCUACGCUCUCUUCCACGAUGGAUGGGCGCUGGGAAACACACAGUGCAUGGUCAGUGGUUUUCUAAUGGGACUGAGCGUCAUCGGUUCCAUUUUCAACAUCACCGGAAUAGCAGUAAACAGAUACUGCUACAUCUGUCACUCAUUCUCCUAUAGCCGGUUAUACAGCUAUCGCAACACUCUGUUGUUUGUUGCCUUAAUAUGGCUUCUCACAGUAGUGGCCAUCGUCCCAAAUUUCUUUGUUGGUUCCUUACGUUACGACCCGCGGGUCUACUCCUGUACUUUCGCCCAGAAUGUAAGCAGCUCCUACACUGUGGCAGUAGUGGUGGUUCACUUCCUGGUUCCCAUUGCCGUGGUUACCUUCUGUUAUCUACGCAUCUGGGUACUUGUAAUUCAGGUGCGACGUAAAGUAAAGACUGAGGAGAGUCCUCGCCUCAGACCCAGUGACAUGCGGAAUUUCAUCACCAUGUUUGUGGUAUUUGUGUUGUUUGCCAUCUGCUGGGCUCCACUCAACCUGAUUGGCUUAGCAGUUGCCAUAGAUCCGUCCCGUGUGGCUCCCCGUAUCCCAGAGUGGCUCUUUGUGGUCAGCUAUUUCAUGGCAUAUUUCAAUAGCUGUCUGAAUGCCAUCAUCUAUGGCUUACUCAACAGGAACUUCAGGAAUGAGUACAAACGCAUUGUCACGUCAGUUUGGGUGACUCGCCUCUUUGUGACAGAGACCUCCCGAGCCGCCACGGAUGGCAGGAGCAUGAGGAGCAAGCAAUCACCGCCUCCGCCGCUCAACAACAACGAGUCAGUCAGAGAUCGCACAAACAAGGAAUGAAGUCUCAACUACGAAACCUGGAUUUUUGAGUGUGUUUAAUGGUAAUUCCUGUUUUUAUGUGACAUUUAGAUGGUUGUGCAGCUUAAGAGUAUCAAGCAACAGCUGAAACUGAAAUACACGGCUUUGUUUUCGUUGACAUUUGUCGACGUCUAUCAGUUCUGUGUCAGUGGAAAUAUUUAUAGAGUUUUAUGCAACUGAAUUUUCAAAACAUCAUCUGAAGAUCCACCCAACAACUUUGUACAAAAAGUUUUGUCUUGUUUCAUACCCAUUUAACAAUACCAGUGCCAACAUUAAAAAAAAAAAAAAA